UGUAAAAUCUUCAUUUUCUGCAGCCCAACUUAGGAAAGAGACCCCAAGAUAAAUGUUUGUGGCUACGCCGCUGCAGUUGGUUGGCUUCCCGCAGCAACAUCAAACAACCAUAGAUACCAUUUACUGCCCAUCUGACAUAAUCUCUUUGGUAAACCUUUCCCCAGCCAGUUGACUGGCUUCCAUCUCGAUUCCAUCUUCAUUUCGCUGCCAACGAGCCACCAGAACGGUCAUGAGCCCAGGAAUCAUCAGCCAGGAGGUGAACGGCCGCCAGGAGCCAACAGAAGCUGCGAGGGACGAGAGACAUGGACGAAGGCGCAGGGUGGCGGUUGUCGGAGCAGGACUUGUGGGUUCUCUGGCAGCCUUGAACUUUGCCCGCAUGGGCAACGACGUGGAUUUGUACGAGUACCGGGAGGAUAUCCGCCAGGCUCUAGUGGUCCAGGGCAGGAGUAUUAACCUGGCUCUAUCGCAGCGUGGCCGUAAGGCGCUGGCCGCGGUGGGUCUGGAGCAAGAGGUGCUGGCCACCGCCAUACCCAUGCGGGGUAGAAUGCUCCACGAUGUGCGAGGAAACUCCAGUGUGGUGCUAUACGAUCCCAUAAACAAGCAAUGCCUGUACUCCGUGGGACGCCGACAGCUGAACGAAGUCCUCUUGAAUGCCUGCGAUAAGCUGCCCAAUAUCCGCUGCCACUUCGAGCACAAGCUGACAAGUGCCAAUCUGAGAGAGGGAUCCAUGGAGUUCCGCAAUCCCGCCAAGGAAGCCGUAGCUGCCCAAGCUGAUCUUAUAGUCGGCUGUGAUGGGGCCUUCAGUAGUGUGCGCCAGCACUUGGUCCGCUUGCCGGGCUUCAACUACUCCCAGGAGUACAUAGAAACGGGCUAUCUGGAGCUCUGCAUACCCUCGAAAUCGGGGGACUUCCAGAUGCCUGCCAACUACCUGCACAUAUGGCCGCGUAACACCUUCAUGAUGAUUGCCCUGCCGAAUCAGGAUAAGUCCUUCACGGUCACCCUGUCCAUGCCCUUUGAGAUCUUCGCCAGCAUUCAGAAUCAAAACGAUCUCCUGGCAUUCUUUAAGCUGCAUUUCCGGGACGCACUGCCGCUGAUUGGAGAGCAACAGCUCAUAAAGGACUUCUUCAAGACCAGGCCACAGUUCCUGGUGUCCAUCAAGUGCAGGCCGUAUCACUAUGCGGAUAAGGCCCUGAUCCUGGGCGAUGCCGCCCAUGCGAUGGUUCCGUACUACGGCCAGGGUAUGAAUGCCGGAAUGGAGGAUGUCACGCUACUCACCGACAUUUUGGCCAAGCAGCUGCCACUGGACGAGACGUUGGCCCUGUUCACCGAAUCCCGCUGGCAGGACGCCUUUGCCAUUUGCGAUCUGGCCAUGUACAAUUAUGUGGAGAUGCGAGACCUGACCAAACGUUGGACCUUCCGGCUCCGGAAAUGGCUGGACACACUGCUCUUCCGUCUGUUUCCUGGUUGGAUUCCUCUCUAUAACAGCGUCUCCUUUUCCAGUAUGCCUUAUCGACAGUGCAUUGCCAACCGGAAGUGGCAGGAUCAGCUGCUCAAACGCAUUUCCGGCGCCACAAUUUUGACCGCUAUUGUGGCUGGAGGAGCUAUAUAUGCACAGCGAUUUAUAUAAAGUUAACUUUUAACAUUGUUACACUGAUUAUAAAGUAAAUCUCCUGAGUUCUAGUAAAUUUUUUAAUAAAAUAGUA